UUUUUGGCGUAGUCUCUCAUGUCCAGCCCGAAAGCCAUUGUCCAGAUUCUCAUUACCUCGACGCGGAUUCUGGGAAAGGCAUUUCUGGAAGCUGGGCGUCAGGCUGCCAAAAAUGCACGACAUAGUCCUCAAGGAGGGAUGGGAGGCGAUGCUUCGGGUGUCGGAAAUGCUGUCUCAGGAUCACGGACAGACCAAUUGACGCGUCAACAUCGAAUGACACUGGACGAAGCACAUCUUAUUCUGAACGUCAAACAGGGAGAAGAAUUGACGAAAAUCCUCGAGAACUACGAACACCUUUUCAAAGCCAACUCUCCACCGACGAAGGCCGCGCCAGGGAAGCAACCUUCGAUCAUCAAUCACUCUCACUACAUCCAGUCCAAAGUCGUCCGUGCGCGAGAACGAUUGGAGGCCGAGUUAGAAAUUCCGCAAGCCGCUUCAGAAUCUGCCCCAACUCCCGAAACACCCCCAUCUCCGCCGUCUGGCAACCCUCCAUCAUAGUAGGAUAUCACAUCUAAUUUAGCAUCCGUACACUGUAUUUUCUAGUCCAGCUUAUAUCCCAAUUCACCUUAGAAGUUCGAGUAG